AGGCAAAUUUUGCAGUGAGCAACUCCUUUAAGAGCUUUAUAUGUUUAGCACAUAUAUGUUUAGUUUAGAUAUAAUCCUGUAUGAUCAUUUAGCCUAAUUAUCCUCAUUAGCACCCUAGGCCUAUGUGUAUUUAUGAGCAGUGUUCUUUAAUUUGUAUAUUCCCUUUACCAGUUUUAGCAGCAAUUUACCAGUAAGUAAUAAGGUUCUUGUAAAUAGUAAAGUGUAGAAGCUAUGUGUUUGUUGGAUUUAUUACCAUUUGUGUGUUUGUUGGAUUUAUUACCAUUUGUAUUACCAUAAUGUAACUACAAACAUAAACUAUAGCUAGUAUAAUGAAACUAUGGUAUGUUUAGUUGCUGUGGUUUUACUAAAGAUUAUUAAUUGGAGUGUGGUUCCUAUAUUUAGAAAAUGGUAAAUUUGUGGAUACUGUAGUUUUACUGCAAAUACCAUCCUUGCUGAAAAAAACAAUGAAUUUUUUAAUUAGAAUGAGAUUUUUAAAUUAAAUUCCUCCUUGUAGUGUGUUUUGGGUUUUAUUCCAAUAGGAUUUACUAUCCCACCAAUAGAAUCCAUCACAUACAAGUAGACAACAAGUAUCCAUAGUACAAUUCCCAUUAUAACCAUUAAAUCCAUUACAUUUUCUGUUGUAUUUUGGGCAGGGUUCUAUAGUUUUUAUUUCAACAGGAAUACUUCAACUAUAGUAACUUCAGUAAAAACAUCAUUAAUUCUCCAAAUCACUUAAAAUGAUACAGCAGCAGAUCAGAAGUUAACACGCACGUGUAGCUCAAGGUGUAUGUGAUGCUUAUUUACCGUUUAGCCGUUAUGCCGAUCAUUUUCAUGACAAUGUUUCUACGAUCUUUGACUGAUCAUAACCCACAGAUGAUUACACCACACUUUAACAUCUGCCUUUUUCGUCUUUUAUUGUUCUAUUUGUCUUUUUAGAGCGCUAUCAACGGUGUAGCAGAGCCUACGUUUACAGUAGUUUAGCGGGAAGAUCCAAGAGUUGCCAGAUUUGCGUAAAAAAAUCUGCCAAAUGGCCAUUCAAAGCUUGCCGGAAAACCGCGAGCAUAGAAAAACUGAAAUACUUGGCAACAUUAAAAGGUCCUGGAAGAUCGCAAGCCAGAUAAAUUGCGCACACAGGAAACCCCGCUGCAUAGAAACCAUUUUCUACUUUUGGACCUUUUUAUAAAUGUAGUGGAGUAAAAAGUAUGAUAUUUGUCUUUCAAAUGUACAGUAGUGAAGUUAAAGUACAAGUACUCAGAAAAAAUAAUACUCAAGUAAAGUACAGAUACUCACAAAGUGUACUUAAGUACAGUACUCAGGUAGAUUUACUUCGUUACUGUCCACCACUGUUCAUGUUUGAAUGUAUAACCUGUGUUUUCAGUAAAUUUGAAACCGUGAUGUGAGUCCAUGUAAUUUGUGGACCUUAUGUGGGUUUUAUUUAUUUAAUUCUUUUUCUAUCCUUUUCCAAUGUUUAACUUGCAUUACGUGUGUAUAUGGUCAAUGUGUACAAGGUGUAAUGGGCACCUUUGUUAUCUGUGAAAUGUAGUGGUAUUUGGCCAAUUUCAUUACAUUUUUAUCCCUUUGUUGGGUAGCUUUUGUUGCUGUUGUUCUCACUGUUUGUUUAGAGUGGGGACCGUGUUUUUGACCAGUGUAAGGUUUUUCUAAUGUUUCAUAAUUUUGUGUAAUUCUGGGGGGUGAGUGUAACAGGUACUGAAUGUAACUUAAUGUAUUAGAAUUGCACAAAGUGUAUUUGUUUACUUGAUAUUCUGUCUGCGUGCGCCUUCCCCUUUAAAUAUUCUGUGAACGGUGUUUUGCGUAACUUCCUGUCUGUUCACCUGCUCUUCCCUUUUCACACUGGCUGUGCAUGGGAGAGAAGGACAAAAGGGCAGGACAUAUUGUAAGACUUUUAUUAUUUUCCAUCAGUGAUUAAAUGAAGAGUCGAAACGUUAUCUGAUGUCCGAGUGGUUACUACCCCAUAAAAGAGAAAAAAAAACACAACGCAGAACUACACCGGUUACAGAAGCAGAUCCAGGAUCUACUAGAGAAGCAGACACGGCUGCGAGAACGUAAAACGGCGCUGGAAACAUCCAGAGCUGACGCUCACAAAUGAGCGGUAAGUUUUCAUCGCGAUUUUAAUACUCCUUCCACUUCUACUCUGCGUGUUUAUCUGCACAGGGCCCAGGCUUCGAGAACACGGUCAGCCCAAAUGAACUUCACUCCUGCACCGGCACACCCACGGCGAAAGGCGCGAGCCAGGACUGGAGCGAUGACCCAACCGCCGCCACCGGUCUUCGAGAUCCCGACCAGGAACCGCUUUGCCGCCCUCUGCGAGACGGAAUGCAACGCUGUGGUCAUCGGAGACUCAAUCGUCCGGAACGUACGCGCUUCCUCCACUAAAGGUAAGGUGCGCACUCAUUGUUUUCCUGGCACCCGUGUUCUUGAUGUCUCUGCGCAGGUACCUGCGAUCCUGAAGGACGAUGCUAACGUCGGAGCUGUCGUGCUGCACGCGGGGGUGAAUGACGUCAGGAUGCGGCAGUUGGAGAUCCUGAAGAGGGACUUCAGGAGUCUGAUCGAGACGGUACGCAACGCAUCGCCCACGGCGAGGAUCAUCGUAUCAGGGCCGCUUCCUACCUACCUACGAGGGAAUGAAAAGUUCAGUAGACUAUUUGCUCUAAAUAAAUGGUUGAUGUCAUGGUGUAUUGAACAGAAGCUGCUCUUUGUUGAUAAUUUUGAUCUGUUCUGGGAGCGACCUAGGCUCUUCCGCCCUGACGGCCUGCACCCCAGCAGCAUCGGAGCGGUUCUUCUGUCUGACAACAUCUCAAAGACGCUAUGCACCGCUUGACUACGUCUCCCAGCGUUUUCAGAUGAAAGCUUCGGUCAGUGUCUGGUGUUCGUGGAGGUGCUGCUGUGAUACUCUGAUCAGAAUCUCUGGGUUUGAAACCUCUCCGUUUUGUUUUGGAUGAAGGAGUCUUGAAGUGAACUCGUUGCUCAUUUUCCCCCGUGUCCGAGAUCUUUCGUCCGUUUGUUCCUCUGAUGUUUUUUCUGGUUAGCUGAUCUUCUCUCGUCUUGGUUUUGUUAACCUUCUGUUCUAUUUUCUGUGAACUCUUGACGUCAGAGGUUUGGACGCUCGGUUUUGUGACAGGCGAAUCUUUUCUUUUGUCUUUCUUUGACAUGGCACUGAGGUUCUUCCGUGUUUUGUGCGCAGGUGAAGCUUCUGUGAUUAAAUCAGAAUGAAUAUCAAGGAAAUUAAACUCAGUCCAUGAAGGUUUCAGGCGGUUUGUGUUGUCACAGGGUUUAUAUGUGUUAUUUUGUUUUUGACGUCUGGUCUUCUUGACUUGUGCAGGUGUUGUAUCAGUGGAUCUGCUGGAGUCAGAACUGCUGCUGUCCAGCUGUCGUCUCCACAGUCUUCGACUCGUCUUCCUCACUGGCGUCUGAAACUCUGGAGGACUUUGAGCUGAUGGAGAACUUCUCUGACGUCUCUUUCUGUGAGAAGAGGGACCUGUGUUGAGAUGACAAACCCAUUAACCAAACUCAUCAGAAGAUAGUAAACAUGAAAUCAAAUAUGGUUGUGACGCUUUUAAAGAAAGUGCUCCAAUGAGUCAUGUUCCCUUAAAAUAAAAAUAAGUUUAUUCAAGUGCAUGCGCAAUUAGUAUAUGAAGAUAAAUCAGUAGCAAAACUUGAGAGCAUGUAGAUUUUAAUUUGGGAACUUGUAAAGUAAGUAUUUGUACCUGUACACUAAAAUGUACACUCGGCCCCAAUGUGAAAACUUGUCAAAUAAAAGACUGAAGUUGAAUGUUGAGAUUUGCACUCGUGGACAAAACUCACAAAUCUGUCUUCUGAAUUUGAAGUUGCAGAAAAAUGGUCACAAAUGUGUAAACUGGCAUUUACAAAAUACAUUAGGCAGAUACAAAUGCAUAGCACAUGUUUACAUAUUUCCUAGAUUUAGUCACUGCAGUUUCAAAUCUUCCCGCCUUGACUUUUGCUACUACUUUUGCGAUAAACCCAAUGCAAAACUAACUUGUGCACUCGAUCGAUCAGAGGCGAGAGAAAGAGCGGCAUUUGAUGACCAGCCACACCGCCCCCUGAUGGCAGGAAAAUCACAAUGAACUGAUCUAGCAAAUAAUAGUUUAAAUAAAACCGUUUCAACUAAAGCAAAGCCAUCACACUUAUGUAUACUAUCAUGUACAGCAGGGCCGUGCAGAGACCUUUAAAGGGGCAGGUGCUCAAAGUAUAAAAGUGGCACAUGGAACAAGGCUUUAAAUAUGGCAGUGCUCAAAACAUCAAUACAGCAAUACUGUAUAUCGCGAUGCAUUCCUUGCUGAUAUGUGUAUCAAUACGGAUGCUUCUGUAAUUGAUAAAGCAGCAAAUGCCAUGAUGCUGUUUCGAAAAAGAAACAGAACAGCGUUGAUAAGUAUAAUUCGGAGGAUUAGAAAAUCAGAAUAAGGCCAUGUUCAGACUUGACUUUUUUUCCGAAGCUGCUAGCGUCUGUUUUACAUUAUAAUCCUAUGUAAUAAACCGUGUUUUCAAAAAAAGUGCUGAGCGCUUUUUUAAACGCCAGCGCCGGCGUCUUUUCUGCAGCUCAGGGCGUCUUUUGAGGUUGAAAAAAGUUCAACUUUUCUGAAAAAGACGCCCUGUCGUUUCCAUAACAACAUGCGAGGAACGUGAUUGGUUGGGAAAGAUCAAGCUCGAAAAAAUAAAAUGGCGGCCGAAACGCCCGUUGGAGGAUAGUUUUGUAUAAAUGUAAGUUUAAUUUUAACUUUCAGCAACUUCUGAUUGCAUUUCUACCGACAAAUAAGCAAUGUAGUUUUUAAAUAUGUGAUU